UUACGUGGGUCCUACUUUCGCACCAUCUGAAUCUUCCCCCAAAAUAAACGCCAGAUCCUGUCCCCUUGCGCCAUCGAAGUAAAGUGCGACGAUUGCCGGCGACCCACCACUGAGGUGACUCAACCUCCAUCCUCGUAUACAAUCACCGCCUCUCCUCCUCCUUAACCGCCGCACAUAUCUUGCUCAUCGAUCGGAUUCGCGAUGUCGGUAAAAACUGUUAAAGUCAAUAAUGUUUCUCUAGGAGCAACCGAGAGAGACCUUAAGGAAUUCUUUUCUUUCUCUGGUGAUAUUGAAUAUGUUGAACUGCAGAGUGACACAGAGCGGUCUCAAAUUGCGUAUGUUACCUUCAAGGAUGCACAAGGAGCAGAAACUGCUGUUCUUCUCUCAGGAGCAACCAUAGUUGAUCUGUCAGUUACCAUAACUCUGGCUGAGGAAUACAAGCUGCCACCUGCUGCCUUAGCACCCCCUGAAACUGAGAAAGAAACUCCUGCGGGUGCCCAGUCUGCUCUGCGGAAUGCAGAAGACGUGGUUACUAGCAUGCUUGCUAAGGGUUUUAUCUUAGGGAAAGAUGCAGUCAACAAAGCAAAGACAUUUGAUGAGAAGCUCCAGCUAACCUCAACGGCCUCUGCUAAGGUUUCUUCUAUUGACAAGAAAAUAGGGCUCAGUGAGAAGAUUAGCAUUGGAACAACAGUUGUGAGUGACAAAGUCCGGGAAGUUGAUCAGAAGUUCCAGGUAUCAGAGAAAACAAAAUCAGCAUUUGCAGUUGCUGAGCAGACAGUUAGUACUGCAGGAUCUGCCAUAAUGAAGAACAGGUAUGUCUUAACUGGGGCUUCAUGGGUCACAGGCGCUUUCAAUAGGGUAGCACAGGCAGCCGGGGAUGUCGGCCAGAAGACAAAGGAUAAAGUGGGGAUGGCUGAAGAUGAACAGAAAAGGAAAAUGGUUGACGACUUUGCUCAGGUUCAUCUCUCUGAUUCACCUAAGGCAUCUGAUCAUAAUUCACAGCAGCCUUCCAAGUCUGAACCCGCUCAAGGUCUGAUACUCUGAUUUCUCCCAACGAAAACUUCUCCGUCGUUCAAACUCCUCCUCCGCUUGAUGGCUUGCUUUUUAAUUUUCUUCCAUUUGAAGCAGUAUGGAAUGUAAGACCCGCAUGGUGCUGAUUAGUUGGAUUUUGUUUCAGUUCAUGCCAUGACUUUCCUUUAUAAGAAAUAUUAAAUAUAAUAGAUUCUUGUGAUUUUGUCUAUUAA